UUUACAAAUGCCGGUGCCGACGAGGAGCUACAGCGUAAUGUUCUAAUAACAUUUGGCAAACUGAAGCUGUGAAAGACACAAAGACUCGGUUUCAUCGAUGUUCUAAGACAAGACCGGACCAGUCGAAACCUAUUGUGAUAUUUUGAUUUUCGUUCAUGCCGCCCUUGUCCAGGGUAUACUAAGUAUAGAAGCAACAAAAAAAGAAUAAAAGACAUUUUGAAUAUCAACAACAGACAGCAAGAUCUGCAACUGAGCUGAGCGAUUCGUUGGGUAACUAGUUAGUACUGCUUGGGUCGGCAGCUAGUUGGGAAUUCAAUGCAGUCGCCAUGUCACAUGGGGGCGGCCAGGAAUGUUUGUAAUAUUUCCAGCUGAAGAACUCAUCUUGAUGACAUACGGUGCUGCUAUACCUCGUAUUAGUCCACGACCGACACUCGAUUGCCUCCGUGAGCCACAAGUUCCCAUUGUAAUACCUGCCCGAAGUUUACCGCCAUCGUCGCCGCAAUUGACACAAACAACGAAGUUGCUGGCUCAGUCCGAACCAGUUGAUCCAAAAUUCCCAAGUGCACUUCCCUCCACAAGUAUCCCAGCCCCAGCACCUGACAGUCAGUUCAGUUUUUACGACCAACGUGGAUCUGCGGAUCAAGGUGUAAGCGGUGAGCUUCCACUCGUGACGGGGGGACCCACAAUUUCCCCACGCUAUCCGUAUCCCGGACAAACACCACUCUCACACCACAUUGGUGAUCAAAGUAUUGCAUCGGUGCACUUGCCCCCACCAACGCCACAAUCGUCAGUCACACUUGCACGUCGAAAUUCUCGAUCUUCGUUGAAACGAUCCACCCCCGUGCAUCGCACCCCUAUCGGCCUGCGUAAAAUUGAAGAGGAACCGGCGAUUACAAUACCCUCAGCGGCUCCCUUCCACAUACCUAUGUAUAAUGAUCUAAACAUGCGCUCCUCACAGCAGUCGCAGCAACAACUACAGAGCACAACCGUGCCCCCUCUCCAAGGUAGUGCCUUGGAAUUCGAGUACCCCACGGGGUCAUUACAGCGUGAUCGCAGUCCCAGCAUAUUUCUGGAGCCGUCCACGCCAGACCCCACGCAACCGCGUUUGGGUCCCGGAUGGGGUCGUCCCAUGUCACCCAUGGAACUGCCUCCCAAACCAUCUACCUCGCAAAAGUCUCCAUCCAGUAAGUCACGUCUAAGACCAAAGCUGCACAUACCCUUGGGUCGCUUGGGCCGUUCCACAUCCAGUGAUCAAAGAGAGUCCUAUCGACUGCGAGAAGACUUGGAACUACAGGUGGAGAACCCGGUGUUUAAUACAGAAAAUUUGAGACAGCGUAAUUUUGAUGCCUUCUUCGAUUCGGGUGAGCCGGUGUACAAACUCCAGCCCAAAAGUCCUCAAUCUGCAACGAACGAAUCGUCAUCGUCCGGAGGCAAAGUGUCUCCUGCACUCGACAACUAUGCUGGCGUGUAUGACUCCUCACCACGCCGGGGACGAACUACGCCCUCGGGUGGCCUCUUCGCCCGCUCGCACAAGGAGGAGGCAACACGUUCCCAGACUUCCGACCACCACGAGUCCACGCGCGAUGUGCGCUCCGCUUCGUUGGGUCCCGGAUCUGUUAGUGUGGCAAGUGGUGGUAGUACAAGCGGUGUUCCCCAGAAAGAUUUCUUGGGAAAAUCUUCAAGUGGUCCAAAAAGUCGUAACUUAUUUGGGUGGAGGGGACGUGUUUCCCCUAGCCCCAAGCCUAGUAUGGCGUCCCAUACUGGUGUGCUUAAGGAUUACGGUCAUAGUAGUUUAAACGAGGCUUUCAAAUCCCAAAACAAUGUCAACUUUAAAUUGAUUAAAACUGUUUCCGAUUUCACCGAAACCCUUUCCCAGUUGUACGAGGAACAUGCAACUGCCCUACAAACCCUUGUCACCAACUAUCGUAUAAAGAAUGCUGAACUUAGGAAAGAGAGGCCCGCCUGUCAUUUGUCAAUUUUCCAAGCUUGGGAAACAUUCCUACAGGAGGUUGAGACAGACUCCCAAGCAUCCAACGAUGUUGCGAAUGUCCUGUAUCGCCAGGUGUCACGACCAAUGCUCGACAAAUCCUUUCAUCGCAAAGUUCAAAGCCGGAAAAUUUUCACACACAGGGAGUCCUUUGAAACCAUUAUAGCCAAGACUGAAGAGAAAUUGUCAAAGUGUCGCCUGGACUACAAGCAAUGCUAUGUGGCGCAUCGCCAAAACGCCAUCCCACAAUCGCUCACAGAAUACAUAGAUGCUCACAAUGCGUACGUGCAACAAUUGCAUGCCACCAAUGCCAUGCUCGAGACGUACCAGUGCGAAACCGUGCCGCAGUUGAUGCAGGAACUGGAGGACAUUCACAAUGACUUAUGCAGUAUUAUAGCCGACUCGCUGCAGCAGGGAGCUGAUGUUAUGGCCAACAAGGCUUCCGAUCAGGCGAGACGUUACUCCACUUUAUCCAGCCAAUGCGCGAAUGUGUCUCCUGUUCAGGAUUUGGUCAAUUUUGUGCGCAUUCUCCCGCCUCUGCCAGCAGUUGCACAAAAAGUCCAAAGGCGAGCCUUUGCGCCUCCAGGACCGGUAGAUCAGGAAGACACUGCAGACCAUAGUGAUGUGGCUCCCAUACUACGCAACGAGUUGGUUUUUGAUCGUCAUUCCUCGGUGUCACUUCGAGCAGCACUGGACUCUUUAAAACGAGAGGCACUGGACUUGGAAAUGCAGAUAAGACAACUACAGGACGCCAUUGAUGUCUUAAAUCGCCAACAAAUGCGUGGAAUUGAAGGACAACUGUUCAACAAAGUCAACGAGACUCAAGAGGACCUUUCAAUGAGCAAAUUUGAUUUACGUGCCAAACAACUGCACCUCGCUGCCAUCCGUGCCCAGGUAAGUGUUGUUGUCCUUGCAAUUUGUGUCAGCUAUGGGCAUAUGCCAGAAAAAAUCUCAUUGCCAGAUGCCAAAUGCUAAUAUAUGUACAUGUACGAACCAUAAGCAAAGU